UCUUGUAGUACGGUGCAAAUAUGACCAAACGUCCAUUUACGGCCAAAUUCCCGAAAACUCCCGAAAAUGGUGAUGAAGUGCUGAUACGAGGCAAGCUGCACAACGAUGCAAGAAGUUUUUCCGUGAAUUUCUGCCUUCCGCGGCCACCCCAUCAAACGGAGCACGAUACACCGUCCUUCAUUUUGUACCAUUUUAAAACGAUUUACGACGAUGCAAGCAACGCCAGCCGAGUGGUGCAAAACUGGAAGAAUCUUCACUGGCAGCAGGAGGAAGUGUUCGAGAACCGUUGGCACGUGGAUCGAAGCAAAACAUUUCGCGUAAUAUUCCGACUGCACGAAGACUGUAUCAAGAUGUUCGUUAACAGUGUGGACCAUCCGCCGGACUAUGAGUUUUCGGUACAGUUGCCGCUCGAUCAGGUCGAAUCGAUCGAGCUGUGGGACGAUGUGGAGAACGUGGAGGAGAUAUCAUUCCGGUACGAUAACAGAACCCGUAAGUCAUGAG